GUCUGACCCAGCUCAGCAACCUGUUCCCGGGGCCCCAGAAGGGGGAGCCCCUGGUGGGGGCCCCCCCGGGCCACCCCCCAAUACGAGCAGUAACCGUCGGCUGCAGCAGACGCAGGCCCGAGGGGAGGAGGUGGUUGAUAUAAUGCGUGUAAAUGUAGACAAGGUGUUGGAACGAGACCAGAAACUGUCAGAGCUAGAUGACCGGGCAGAUGCACUUCAGGCUGGUGCCUCACAAUUUGAAAGUAGUGCAGCAAAACUCAAAAGGAAGUACUGGUGGAAGAACUGCAAGAUGAUGAUCAUGAUGGGAGUGAUUUGUGCCAUUGUGGUGGUGGUGAUUGUAAGUAAGUACCAAAAAGCCCAAGACCAAAGGUGAAGAAGCACCAACUGUAGAGUACUUUAAACUCUUCCUUGUUGGUUUGUGAUCUGGAGGGUCUUGGUUGCAUAAGUGUUAACUUCAGUCCUUGGGGAAGGGAGGUGGUGGUGCUGAAACUCCCACACUUACUGUGGAAAUGGUAUGCUUUACAUAGUAAUGGAAGGAAUUGGGGGGGGCCAUCAUUGUGGAAAUGGGAAAUUCUGUCUGCCAGGUCAGGUGAACCUGUAAGUAUGAGGGGCAUUUACCCUGGAGUGGGUGGGUUGGCAAGUCCCUUCCUUGGUGGGGGAUUUGGAGGUCUCUGGGGGACCUUGGGUGUAACUUGCCCUUUUGUUCUUUCCUUUUUUUUUUCCUGUUGCUUUGUCUCCAGUCUACUUUUUUACUUGAAUGUAGCUCCUUCAGUCUGCAACCUACUGUCCCCUGUCACCUUGCCUG